AUGAGCUACUAUGGCACCUGCUCUGGAAGCCUGGGCUAUGGUUAUGGGGGCUUCAGUGGCCUAGGCUCUAGUUAUGGCUGUGGUUUUGGCAGCUUCUGCAACAUGGGCUGUGGCUGUGGCUCUCACAAUGGAAGCUACGGCUAUGAUUCUGGCUAUGGUGGCUAUGGAUGUGGCUGCUGCCGCCCAUCCUGCUGUGGAGGAUAUGGAUUUUCUAACUUCCACUGA